UUGUUAUGGAUACUUGGGAAGAACAUAUUUGCAUCUGAAACCAUUGUCCACAAAAAGGAUCCAGAUGGGCCAAGAAAAUAAUUUGUCAAUUAGUGUGAAAAUGUGCGAAUACGGGAAAAAUUAAUCACAUUGGGGCUCCGGGUGCAGGGCUGUUAGUUUUUUUGUUUUUGUUUUUGUUUUUGUUUUUUUCCGCCAAAGGAAUGAGAGCUCUUGUCACUGGGCAAAGCCUUCCCAGACUGGUCACGGAGAGCACUGUGCGUGCGUACAGAUGCCUGCUGGUUGCCAUGGUGAAUGAUGCUGAUCUGCAGAGAUGAAUAACGUGAGCGUUGGGGGCGACAGUGGGAUUACUCAGUGGUGAGAGAGACAUCGAGAAGAGCCCAGAGUGGAGGAGGGAGAAGGGACCAUUCCCUCCGCGUUGGUCCACCCGGCCCCGGAGGGCAGAGCUCUCACCAGAUACACUGCAAGCAGCAGAAUCAGGAUGAACAUCGAGGUCGGGAACGUUUCCUAUACGGGAGCCAUCAUCUCCUGGUCGUCCUCAGAGCCGUGCCUGGAGGACUACUACCACGUCAUGUACAGGCCCAACUGGAACAGCAUCUUCUCUGGCUAUCUUCGCUACAGCUUCCACCACGAGGAGAAGGUGCCUCGAACCAUCAGCUCCGUGGUGCUGGAACACCUGGCUCCUUCCACUCUGUACUUCCUGUGCAUCAGCUGUAAGAAGGUCGCCUUCCCCUACAGGCAUUAUUGCACCAUGUUCCACACCCUGGAUAAGAGUCCGCUGGCUGCUGGAAGCUCGCUGGUGGACCCCCAGAUUUCCCUCUGGGUGCUGAUGUCCAUCCUGCUGGCUUGCUUCACUGCUGUCUUGGCCUUCAUCUGCCUCCAGUUUUGGUGCAUCCGUUGCCAUGAGCCUCGAUGGUCUUACAGAGCUGGCCACAUGGAGGAAGCCAAUGGUUUGGUGAGAUGGCCGGAGGAAGCCCCAGCUCUUGGUCAGAGGGAAGACGAGCUUCCGGGGCUCCCCCUGGUGGAACUGCCACACAAGCAUUCUGGCGCUGGAGCAGACGCAGAAGCUGCAGCCAACCAAGAUGGCCCCUUGGAUGGGGGAGACUUCCGGGGGGAGGGUGGUGAUCAACACGUAGUACCACCUCGCUGCGGGGAGUGAGAGUAGGGAGGGACGGCCCUCAUCUUGCAGCCCAAAGCCCUGUGCACCGUAGGGCUUUUGUAAAAAUUGUGUCCAAAGACUACUCCAUCUCUAUCCUCAAACGUCAGUGCCUCGUGGGUCCCCUGGGCUGGAGGAAGGCUGAUGGGAAAGCUUCCCACACUGGAGAACACUUAUCCUGGCCCCGUGUGCCAAGGCUGGGACAUGCGUUUCUGCAGCAGUGUCCGUGCAGGGGGCCCACUUGGGAACUGAAAACAUCAUCUUAACAUUGGAACAAACAUGUACAUAUCCUAGAGUAGAAAAUAGAAACCUGCAUGACUUAGGAAAAACCCAAUCUUGGAGGAAGUGUUGGAGUGGCACAUGGGCUCCUGGAGCUAGGGUUUCAGAGGGCUGCAGUUCAUGUUCCGCAUUCUCUGCCACUGAGGGCACUGUUUUGGGCAAAGUGUAAAACUUACUCUAGAGCAUUUCCCAGAUCCCAGGCAACUCACACCACCUCAUACCCCAUCCGUAUCUUCUUUGAGCCAUAAACAACCUCUGACGAUUAACACUGCUCUCUGAACUGACUCAUUUUUAAAAUGUAAACUUCAUUUAGACUGUAGUAUUAUUACAUACAUGAAAAUGAGUACCACCUGCCUGCUAUAGAUAGGAAGAGAUAUAAACAUUAAUAUAACAAAAACAAAACAGUACUAAAUGUGACUUAGCUGCUACUGUCUGCCAAUGACUCUGAGCUUAAGAUCUUCUGGUCUCUUGUCUUUGAUUAAAAGGGGGAUUAUCCAUGGGUGGGGAGGUAUUAACAACAUAUUAGCACUUAAGUCUUCCUCCUGGAUGUCUCGUCAGGCUUGAAAGAGAAUUAACAAGGGAGGUGCUGUGUGUGUGUGCCGCAUGCACGGUCAGCUUCCCUUGAUUGGAAGGAACCACCAAGAGCUGACUGGCUGCUCUGGAGAUGUUUGAUUCUCCCCACAGCAUCCCAGAGGCCUUCCAGCGCCCCCUAUGGAUGCGAGUGGUAGCACACACUGGUGAGUUACGCCUGUCUAUCCAUAGCAGGGCUUUUUCUAUCAUUGUUGUGCUCACUGAGUCAGUUCCUCUUUUAGGUCCAUCUGUGCUUAUUUUUUCUUUUUAAAUGGAAUCAAAAGUGGCUAUUUUUAUUCCACCAGGAAGAGACAUGUUGGCCUUGCUUUUGGUUGUUGACACAUCUCACCCCUUUAGUGGCAUUCUUUCUUCUCCCAUACAGAGCCCAAGGUAAGGGAGAACUCUCCUACACAUCCUGUGGUUCUGGUGAGACACUGUGCACAUUGUUUCCACACUCUCACCAUGGCUGUAGAAAUGGAAAUCCAGGAGGGCAGAGCUUAUGUUUGGCCCCUGAUGUGGCUUCAUCAUUUGGAAUCCAGCCCUGCGCUUGGCCUACAGUGGGUGUUUAACAAAUGGGAGGGAGUGAAGGUCUAGGCCAGGGGAGGGUUUGGGAAGGUGUAGUUAGCUUUAGGAUGUGCAUGUGUGCACAAGAGCAGCAGAGAGACGAGAGCAGGCCUGUCUCAGCUCUAGCUCCAGCCAUCUGCGAUUUCCUUUAAAGCUCUACUUUCCAACUUUGUUCUGUCUGCAAAUCCCUUGUGUUCACGGAGCACAAAAUCCAAGAAUCACAGUAUGACACUGCAACUAAUCAGCUGAGAAGCAGGAGUAGCUGGGAGCCCAAGGCGAGAGGCCGCGCAGACCCAUCUUCCUGCCUACUCUGAUGCAUGUUCAACAGCUCCGGCUCAGCAUCCGGCCCCCGCCCGUCUGUGUGCAUCCCACCUCUGCUUGUGGUGAGCAAAUAAAGAUGAAUAUACUCGCA